AUGCCUCCGUCUCCCUUGCAACAGGCGUUCGCCAUCCGUCGCGCGGGAUUUGCGGACUUACCUGCAGCUGCAAGGCUAUGCUCCUUAGCAUUCUGGGACGAUGUCCUCUUCGGACGUUUGAUACACCCACAUCGGGUUGCUUACCCAUUCGACUUUGACAAAUACUGGUAUCGUCGGUUCGCCGUGGACUGGUGGGAUCGGAGUCAUGUCUUUCUGAUUGCAACAAAUACUGUCAGCGAGGUCACCAACGGCAAGAAUAUCAGCAGAGAAGUCGUGACAGGAUUGGCUCAUUGGAGUCGAGUUGCUACCCGACAGGCCAACUAUGAUGCGGGCUGGGAACGUCGAUGGUGGGAUCCAAGGCGUCUUUUGAAGCCAUUGGCAUCUCUUGUCAUGCGACUAGCUUCAUUGUUCUCACCAAACCGCGCCUCGUCACCCAUCUAUGAACCAACUAUCGAACAAUCCUACCAUUACCUUGAUCAUAUAUGGACAGGCCCACGAGCCGAGUCGUGGCUCCUCGAGAGUCUUGCCGUUCAUCCAGAAUAUCAGGGUCUCGGUCACGGUCGUGCACUCGUAUCUUGGGGGAUGGAGCAGGCCCAGAAAGAGGGCAUAUCAUGCAGCGUUGUCGUUGCAGAUGGGAAGGAAGGCUUCUACAAGAAAGCUGGGUACGAUUCCGGGCCCGUCGGCAGGGGUGGUGAAGGCGAUGGGAACCCAUUGAGAGAGGUCGAGGGGGGCAUUGUAAUGUUCAAGGACAGGGCAGGUAUCAAAGUCAAAGCUCGACAACCAGGUGACUGGACAUAUGGCCCUGGAGUGUUUGAUUGGGAUGUGUGGGCACAGAGCUUGAGCAAGGAAGACGAGGCUGCAGAGGAAGUGGAAUGGGGCGAAGGCUGGAAAUCAGAUGAAGGCUCUCCUUGGUUAUAUCGACAUGUUUGA